AUGGCUCCCAAAGCUGCUGAGAAGAAGCCCACCACUGGCGGCAAGGCCCCAGCUGGCAAAGCCCCUGCCGCUGAGAAGAAGGAGGCAGGAAAAAAGACCGCCGCCGCUCCCUCAGGUGACAAGAAGAAGCGCGGCAAGACGCGAAAGGAGACCUACUCCUCGUACAUCUACAAGGUCCUCAAGCAAGUCCACCCCGACACCGGUAUCUCCAACCGCGCCAUGUCCAUCUUGAACUCGUUCGUCAACGAUAUCUUCGAGCGUGUCGCCACUGAGGCCUCCAAGCUUGCCGCAUACAACAAGAAGUCGACCAUCUCAUCCCGAGAAAUCCAGACCUCUGUGAGACUCAUCCUGCCUGGUGAACUGGCCAAGCACGCCGUGUCGGAGGGCACAAAGGCCGUCACCAAGUACUCUUCCCAGAGCAAAUAA